UGCAGUGUGUUAAAGCUUUAAAGCGACGAUUUGAGCAUGAGCAAAUAAUACUUUGACACUGUCGCAUAAAUACGCCUGCUCGUUGUUCGUACGUUAAUACUUGUGUGUUCUUUAAAUCUUUCAGGUAAUUCUUAUUAUAAUUCAUUUGCAGAUGGUGCGAGGGAUGUGAUCACAGCCUUAACGUUGAUAGUGGCCCAAUAUUGCUUUUAUUGUCCAGCUGCGCGACGCGUCACACGCAUAAAAGGUGCGGCAGUGCCCGUCAGCGCGAGCCGGUUACGCCUUUGGUUUGGCCCUAAUCUGGAUAAACCCAUCAACAACCUCAAUGAUUUAGUAGAUCAGCAGCAGCGUGAUGACUAAAACACCCGAUACCCCGGGACCCUGCGCGGUUAUGGGUGACGUCCACCACAUCCACCCAGAGGAGCCCAUGGAGCAGCUCUCCAGACGCACUCGUGUUGCUGUUCCUGAGCUGGUUGUUACCUGCGAGUGUGACCAUAGCCCCCGCGGACCCUGCUCAGGCUCACAUCAGCCCGACGAGGAGUCCAUCUGCUCGGACAGCGGCCUCAGCGGCUCUCCCGCCUCGUCCCUGGCGCUGAGGAAGCUGUCCAACUCUUCCUCCACCGGCCUCUCGCCAGCUUCGUCUUUUGAGGAAUGCGAAGAGGAUUUAAUGGGUUACAGUGACUAUAGUCAGUUUCCAGGUGAACCGCUCACGGCUGAUCUGUGGAAGAAGUCAAAGAAUAUGGUGAACUGGUCUCCCACUCCAGUGGCGGUGAAAAAACGCUCUCCUUGGGUACAGGUGGUCGGCCAUGCAGGAAACUUUCAGAUGGGCAGUGAUGGAAGGCUGCUGAAGAAGUUCUGCGAGUGCGAGCAGCAGUGUUUUCUGCAGCUCAUGAGCGACUCGCUGCAGCCCUUCGUUCCUGGAUACUAUGGCGUGACUCAGCGUGACGAGCAGGAUUACAACCUCAUGGACGACCUGCUUGCUGACUUUGACUCUCCCUGCAUCAUGGACUGCAAAAUGGGAACCCGGACUUACCUGGAGGAAGAGUUGGAGAAGGCCCGGGAGUGUCCUCAGCCUCGCAAAGACAUGUAUGAAAAAAUGAUAGCUGUGGAACCGAACGCCCCUACUGCGGAUGAGCGAGCCAGGCAAGCAGUACUCAAAACCAGAUACAUGCAGUGGAGAGAAACACUCAGCUCAACGGCUACGCUGGGCUUUCGCAUCGAGGGCAUCAAGAAAUCGGAUGGCACUUGUAACACUAACUUCAAGAGAACAAAGUACAAAGAGGAGGUGAUCCAAACCCUGGAGGACUUUGUGGACAACAACAUGCUAAUUUUGAGAAGCUACCAACAACGGUUGAAGGAACUCCGAGACGUGCUGGAAAAGUCUGAUUUCUUCAAAGCACAUGAGGUGGUGGGCAGCUCCUUAUUAUUUGUCCAUGACCUCACUGGCAAGGCUGGAAUCUGGAUGAUAGACUUUGGAAAGACUGUGCCCUUGCCGCCCCCUCUCACCCUGGACCAUCGCAGCCCGUGGGUGGAAGGCAACAGAGAGGACGGGUACCUCUGGGGCCUGGACAAUUUUAUUGACAUUCUGACCAACAUGCUUCCAGAGAAAUGAAGGGCAUUGUGGAUCUGCACAAUUGUCAUUUUCUGCACAGACAGUCUAAUUCCACUCUGUUUUGUCUACGUGGAGAAUAGGUGAAGGUUGGAGAGAAAUGAAACGAUGGAAUGGACUGACUGGCCUCAACAUUUAAUACAAGUCCUGUGAAUUUACCUGCUGAUGUAGUAAGCCCCUCCCUAUUUAAUCGUUUUCACUACUUUGGAACGGCUGUAUGUAUUUUGACACUGUAAAUAGAGUUUUAUUUAAGCAGUUUGCCCUGACGGGUUGGUGAGUAAAAGAUUAGCUUUGUUUUAGGAACAUUAACCUUGCAGAUGAAAAUCAUUACAGUAAUGUUGUUUUGGCUGGUGCGUGUGAAGAUCCAUAAAACAGGAGUGCUUUUGAUUUACUAAUCAACCACCAUAGUCUGUUUGUGAUAGUUGCCAGAUAUUUUCCCUUCGUUUUAUUUUAUAUUUGUGACCAAAUGGCUGUUUUUUUUUGUUUUUUUUGGCAGUUUUUUUUAGCUUCAGUUCGAUAAACUGAAGCUAAAUGGAAUCGCAGAACAACAAAGACCUCUUGUGCAUCGUUGCAUAGCUCCCAAAGUAAUGAAAACGUGGAAAAAGUGUUUUGUAUUUCUUUGUCUUGAUCAAGCACCAUUUUAAUUCACAUCAAGCACGGUGAGUUAAGCUAGUUAUGUCUCACAUUCCUGUUGUGUGAUAUUUGCAUGCACACAUGAGCUACGAAAGGGGAAUACAGUAGUACGUCAUUCUUUAAGCAUCUAAAUUGCCAACGUUAAUAUAUCAAAUAGACUGCCAAUUCGACUUGAGAAUGGUGUCUGGGAUAUUUGAGCCAGUACUCCUUAUGCACAAAAUCACUGUUUGCACUUAAUUUGAUCUCACGUUAUUGAGAUUUUGUACUGUAUAAUAAGUACACGAUUGUGGUCGUUUAUGUUGGGAGCUUUGUUAACUUGGCUGUAUUGGUUUUGCAGUUCUGUUUUCUGGGUUGCUUUGAUAACUACAGAAUCUUUUUUUUUUCAUGCGGGGUAAUUUUGUAAAGGUUUUUGAAUGUCAGAACAAUAAACAUGAACAUGAUUUAA